AAAAGCGCACAGACAAGUCAGCAGUGUCAGGUGCUAUUCGUCUUCAUAUCAGUGUGGAAAUCAAGGGAGAGGAAAAGGUGGCUCCUUAUCAUGUACAGUACACUUGCCUUCAUGAGAAUUUGUUUCAUUAUCUGUGUGAACAAGCAGGAGGUGAAGUAAAGUUACCAAAUGCCAAAGGGAAUGAUGAAUCAUGGAAAAUUUAUUACGAUGAACCAGGCCAAGAAAUGGUUGAUGAGUUUGCCAUGAGAUAUGGUAUAGAGUCAAUAUAUCAAGCUAUGACACACUUUUCCUGCCUUUCAUGUAAAUACAUGUGUGCUGGGGUGCCAGCCCUCAUGAGUACACUACUUGCCAACAUCAAUGCCUUCUAUGCUCACACUGCAGCAACAACAGCUGUUUCUGCCAGUGACAGAUUUGCAGCCUCAAAUUUUGGGAAAGAAAAGUUUGUCAAACUGCUAGACCAGCUUCAUAAUUCAUUGCGGAUAGAUCUAUCAAUGUAUAGAAACAAUUUCCCAGCAUCGGAUCCGGGUAGAUUGAAAGAUCUGAAGUCAACAGUGGAUUUACUUACCAGUAUUACAUUUUUCCGGAUGAAAGUUCAAGAGCUGACCAGUCCUCCUCGAGCAGGCACAGUGGUAAAAGACUGUGUCAUAGCUUGCAUCAAAUCAACAUACAAGUUCCUCUUUGACAACUGCUCGGAGCUGUACAACAGAGAAUUCCAGACAGACCCAAAUGAGCAGAUGGCAGCGGAUCAGGAAGGUCCCAGUGGCAAAAGUUUGCACUUUUGGCAUAAAAUGAUAGCCCUGAUAGUUUCUGUGAUAGAGGAAGAUAAGAAUAGCUACACAACAGUGCUCAAUCAAUUUCCUCAGGAGUUAGUGGUGGGGCAAGUGAGUGCCUACAUGAUGUGGGAUCAGUUUUCACAAGAUCUGCGCAUAGCAUUACAGCAACAUGAAGAAGAAAGAACGUGCAAAAGUUCUGAAUACAUGAAUCUCCAUUUCAAAGUGAAGUGGCUUUAUACAAAAUACAUUUCCGAUGUGCCUCAGUACCGUGGUUCAGUCCCAGAGUAUCCACGGUGGUUUGAACCAUUUGUGAUGCAGUGGCUCAAUGAAAAUGAUGAUGUAUCCAUGGACUAUUUACAUGGUGCAUACGACAGAGACAGAAAAGAUGGAUUCCAGAAGAGUUCAGAACAUGCCCUAUUCUCUACUUCGGUUGUGGAUGUGUUUACCCAGCUUAACCAAUGCUUUGAUGUCAUUAAAAAGCUGGAGUGUCCUGAUCCUGAAGUUGUCAGGAAUUACAUGAAAAGAUUUGCAAAGACUGUCAACAAAGUGCUAUUAGCUUAUGCAGAUAUUGUGCGUAGAGACUUUGAAAAAUACACAAGUCGACAAAAAGUU